AGGGAGAGUCACUUCACCUUCCCCCUAGUUUUAUAGGCAUGUGAGUAUAGAUCAUUGGCAAGAUUCAAGAAGACCGGCUCGCCUGCUGGUCUUCUCCCUAGGUCUGGAGACCAAGAAAAUGAAGUUGAGAAGGAGAGAUUUGAGAUCAGCUUCCACUGAACCCUCUCACCUGGGACUAUCUGGCCUUCAAAAGAUCCAGUGGGGAGACUAGUGAGGUGGGACCAUGGUCCCUCUUGACAAGGACAACCAGGACAUUUGUCCUAUCUGCCUGGAUCCCCUGAAGGAGGCUGUGAGCACCGACUGCAGACACCUCUUCUGCCGCAUGUGCCUGAUCCGGCACAUGGAUAAGGCUUCGGUCUCCGGGGUUCUCAGCUGCCCAGUCUGCAGGAAGCCCUGUUCGGAGACAGUCCUUGGAGACAAUUACAUCUGCCACACUCACCAGAAGAGGGUGUGCAGGUUCUGUGAGUCUAGCAGACAUCUCCUGUGUGAGGAAUGCCUCCAGUCCCCUGAACACCAGGCCCAUACUGAGCUCUCCAUUGAAAAUGCCAUCAGCCACUACAAGGAAAGACUCAAUCGUAGAAGCAGGAAGCUCAGAAAGGACCUUGGGGACCUUCAACGGCUGAAGGCUCAGGAAGAGAAGAUGCUCCAGGCUCUGCAGGUUGAUUGGGGGAGCCACAGGCUAAGAACUGAGCAGCAGAACCAAGACCAAACCGAGCAACAGCAGAAGGCCCUCCCUCGGCAUUGGCUGGACCAACGAGAGGACCCACCAGAGGAGGUGGCCAAGGUCUUUAACUUCUCUGAGGCAGUAGCACAGCUCAGCAUCCUGGUUUCCAGUCUGGAAAGGAUGGCCAAGGAACUGGACGCCAGCACCCUGAAGGAUGCCAGCGACUUACUGGACAGGAGCUCGCAACAGAAACUAGAAGGACUUCUCUCUCAUGUUCCUCCAGCCAACUCUAAGCUCAGUUAGUUCUUCUGGUGCGGUCUCACCCCCACAAUUCUCGUCUGAUGCCUUCGCUUCUGACACUAGGACAUAGUCUUCUUCCUAAGCCAGACUUGAACCUGUGGCUCCCACUGCUUCGGCCAGGCAUUUCAGAUCUUCAUCAUGUCCAGGGAUAUUUGCACAAUCUCCAUGUGGCCGUGCACUGGUGGUCUUACCUGCUGCCCGUGGUCUCGUGUGGGUAUCAAAGCAUUUGGACGACACGACAGAGUGAGCUGGCCUCAGCUUAUGGAGCU